AUGAUUGAGCGUUUCUACCCAAAGUUGACUUUGGACUUUGAAACCAACAAAAGAUUGACCAGUGAACUUGCCAUCAUCCAAUCCAAGAGAUUAAGAAAUAAGAUUGCCGGAUACACCACCCACUUGAUGAAGCGUAUUCAACAAGGUCCAGUUAGAGGUAUUUCUUUCAAGUUGCAAGAAGAGGAGAGAGAAAGAAAAGAUCAAUACGUCCCAGAAGUGUCUGCUUUGGACCUUUCCCACACCAACGGACAAUUGGAACUCGACUCCGAGUCUGCUGACUUGGUUAAGACUUUGGGCUUCAAGAUUCCUGUCCAAACCGUUGCCAUCUCUUCGCAAAGAAGUGCCAGACGUUUCGUCAAGAGAAACUAA